AUGUCGACUCCUAGCAGGGACUGCCCGACUCCCAACAGCACAGGCGGUGGAGACCGUCAACAACCUGGUCACUGCUCUUGCCUUGGAUCACCACAUGCCGGCAACUCCUGCUUCACCGACGAUUUCCCAUCGGGUGGACGUGAUCAUGCCCGCACCAUGGCCGAGGACACAUCAUUCUUUCGCCGCAAUUUUAGUUUCAACGAAGCUCCGCAUCGCCCUUCAUAUGUGCCGCCGAUCUCCUCGCCCCUUCGGUCAGUGCCAACUCCAGUAAACACCAAUGGCAUUUUUGACAGCCCGCUGGGAACACCAACUACGGCUGAGACCAACCAGUCAUCGCCUUUCAGAUAUCAACCUGGGCUAUAUCAGCAACGCCAGGACCUAAAUGAACUCUAUCGCGGUUGGGAGGCCCCUCAGGCUUUCACUACAUUAACUGCUUCUCGCGGUAAUUUGUCGUCCCGAAGCGCAACGCCCGUGGCACAGAGCAGCACGGAGAAUCGAGAUCGUACGGAGCCCGGACACAAUAGCGGCUCACGCGGCAUUGCUCAUGGUACCAGCCAUGAGCCAGCUGUUCCUCCACACAGUGCAGCCCCUCGCAGUGUCCUCGGUGCCGCGCCUGCGCCUGCCACCGCCGGCGCGAGGUUAUAUCAGCCUCCAGCCCACAGGAAUGCCCGCCCUCCGACUCCGAACCCUUUCAGCUUCGGGGGACAUCGCUCUGGGGGCCCUCGCUUGGUCCAUACUGUGGCCCCACCAUCGCGUCUGUCCAUGGCAAGCCGCUCUGAGUACAAUGUGCCACGGCCGGGAGAACCACCGAGCGCUGCUGUCCCGCCCGCACCUCUGAACCCAUCACGCGACGGCAAACGCAAGCGCGAGGACAGGGAGGCACAGGAGCAGCAGCUGUUGAAGCGCGCGCGCGACGAUGCCGACGAGAGAAUCGGCGAUGUCCACUUCAUCCGCGGUCCGCGGUCCGAGGCUUUCUACUACGAAGGCGUCGAGCACACGGAGGUGACGAUUCAGUAUUCGAUCUCGGUGCCCACGGCGUCGAUCGAGCCGAACGGCCGGUUUGGUGCCAUCAACUGGCUCCGCGCCGGCAGUGAGACGGACAGCGAUGUUGGCGAUGAAUAUAGCCACUCGGGACGACGAAGGUGGGAUAUAAUUUGA